UGCAACUCUAACAUCUUAUAAAUAUAUACACAACUCAUAUAUCAAAGUUUGAUUAUAUAAGGGAGCUUAAAAUCUCUAAAACUACAUCAAAUACAUCUAAAUUAAAACGAUUCACAAAAUAUCACUCAUAUUAUAUAAACAAUUGAAAAACAAGUAAUGGAUAGUUGGAGAUGUUUGUGCGCUUUCAUUGUGGUUUCUAUCAUUGUAAUGUUCUUGAUCACAGGAUCAGAAGCAAGAGCAGAGAUAUAUGAUCCCAAGUGUCCUGGGAUAUGCUCACCUGGAAUUGAACCGGACUGCAACACACUAUGCAGUAGCUUAGGAUUUCCUGGAAGCUACUGUAAAGGAUACACAUGUUGCUGUAAACCAAAAUCCUCUAAACCCUCUAUGAUAUCCCACCUCCUUUAAUAAUGUGUAUGUGAAUCUCGAUUGCUUUCUUAUCGUAUGAAAUAAAAUCUAAUAAAGAUUUAAAUUUAUAUACAAUAUAUAUA